AUCCAGAGAGAAACCUGAUAUCAUGUCCAGGAUUCAGUACGUUGUGGACGUGUCACUGCAGGUGGGUUGACACUUUAUACCUUCAUUUCAGACUGCUAUAACAUUUCACUGCAUGGUGAGGUCUUACCUAUCCUGGACAGAUCUUGUUAUUUGUGCAUGGCUGCUGAAGAAAACGUACAUCAAAGCAAACCAGUCAGCAGCUUUGGACGCUGAAGUAAGCAUGUGCUUGUACCAGUGCGGACUGCAACCAGCGUAACGGUUGACUGGCACCCCAAGCAGCAGUGGUGUAUGUAGUUUGUUUUUGUAAAAUCAAAAGAAGUUUAUUGGACCAGGCCAAAAUACCAGGAAUAGGGCGUCGAUGAUGAUGAAUCAAGUAACAGACAUCUGCAAAUCUCUAGCCAACCUGAUCAAGAAGGAAGGGACUGAGAAGAGAGCAGUAGUGGAUACACUUCAUACACUGGCUUCGGAAGUCGACAAGCAGGUUCUAAAUGCUCGAAUUGCUAAAACCAGCUUUGCAUCCACUGGCAUAAUUGGUUCUGGAUUGGCCAUUGCUGGUGUUAUAGCAGCUCCAUUCACUUUCGGGGCUUCUCUGGGUCUGACUAUAGCAGGUGCGGUUGUUGGGUUGUCCAGCGGUGUGGGGGGAUUGACCACGACAAUCGUAGACAGCCUUCAGAACAGUAGCAAAACCAAGGCGGCGAAUACAGCAGCCACCAAAUACAUUGGCACUUUGGACCAGAUUGUAGCACAGAUUGAGGAUAUCAAGAGAGACUGGAAUCCACAAACAGAGCAUUACUUCAUGCAAGCGAUUCGCGAUAUUUCUGACGUAGAUGCAUGUAGGAUCCUUGAAACAGUUAUUCAGAGUAUUAAAACUACAGCUGAGGUGGGUGAAGCUGCUGCCAGGGUGACCGCUGCUGCCGCUGCCAUAGCUGCUAGAACAACUGUGGCCGCUGCAGCAAGAACAGUAGCAGGUGUUUUGAAGGCAGGUCUAUUUGCUGCCAAAAUCGGAGGAGCAGUAGUUUCAGCGAUAUUGAUACCCGUCGACGUAGUUACCAUCUAUAGGAACAGUAAGGCGAUACAUUACAAGGAGGAAUCAGAGGCGGCCAAACAUAUUCGAAAAUUGGCAAAGGAAAUACAGGCUAUCCAAAUUUUUGCGACUUCAGGUAAUUUUUUGUAAUAUUUGUAACAAAAUCAUGAUUGUAAAGUGUUUUCUCGCACCGAAACAGUGUUAUCUCACAGCGAUGUAUUCAAUACUUCAAUGUACUUCAAUACACCUCCUAACAAAGUUUGAUGAUUAUCAAUCACAAAUAUA